AUGGUUGCUUCUAAAUUUCAUGGGAAAUCUGGUAAAAAGACUGUAUCAGAAAAUGCAAAGCUUGAAACAGUAUCAGUUGACGAUGACUACGAUACUUGGGAUCAAACAGGUUUCAUGCUGAGAAGUGAUAUUGGUGACCACCUUACGCACUCAAAGUGGGGAGCGCAAGGCUGGUGCCGCCCGAGCUGUAUCCCCAUCAGCAUAAUCCUGAUCCUGAUAGUCCUGGUAGUUUUGCUGCCUUUGCUGGAUCACGCCGAGCACAAACACUUAAACAAUUCGAGUAUUUACGGAAAUGAAUCUGAGUACAUCUGCAAGGACAGCUGCCGUAUUUCGCUGGUCGAAUCAAUACCCAUCGGGGUGAUUUACGACAAUAAUUCAGUGGUCCACCGGAGCACUUAUUCCACUUGGAUUGAGCUCAUUCAGUCCGCUCAAUAUACUAUUGAAAUUGCGUCAUUAUACUGGACUAUGACCAGACAAGAUGUUUAUCCCGACGAUAGCGCCCGAGAGAACGCGCCUUCCCAACUGAGCCCGAACUUCGACACCGAGUACUUAUCAAAAAAAGCCAACGCCGAAGUUAGAAGUCUAAAUUUCGCAGCUCUUUUCGGUGGCGGUGUAUUACACACCAAAUUAUGGCUGAUAGAUCGUACGCAUGUCUACGUCGGUUCAGCGAACAUGGACUGGAGAUCCUUAACCCAAGUUAAAGAACUGGGCGUUCUUAUCCAAAAUUGCACAUGUUUGGCGAAUGAUUUUGCCAAAAUAUUUGAGGUUUACUGGCAGCUGGGUAAAGACGGAAGAGUUCCGGCGUCCUGGCCGGAUUCCGUCAGUACAAAAAUAAAUAUCAACAAUCCAGUGAACUUAACUAUGGAGGGCAAUAAUUACAGAGGAUUUAUCACGAGUUCUCCGGCGCCCCUGUCUCCUAAGGGCAGAUCCAACGAUAUCGACGGGAUUCUGCACUGUAUAGAGAAAGCUGAAAAAUUUAUUUAUAUAUCUGUGAUGGAUUACGCUCCUCUGACCGUCUACUCGCCAAAAGUUAAGUACUGGCCGGUAAUAGACAACGCAUUGAGGUCAACGGCCAUCGACAGACGGAUCAGGAUAAGAUUGUUGAUCUCCUGGUGGAAACAUUCGCGCAAAUCCGAGGAUAAUUUCCUGGCUUCCUUGAUGGAUCUUACCAAUAGUUACAAGAAUGUCAGGAUUGAAAUCAGGCGCUUUGUUGUACCGACUAAUGAAGAGUUUGAUAAAAUUCCCUUUGGAAGGGUUAAUCAUAAUAAAUAUAUGGUCACUGACUCGGCGGCUUAUAUUGGAACCAGUAAUUGGUACGGAGAUUAUUUUAUAGAUACUGCUGGUAUUGGAUUAAUAUUAGAAGACGCCGAUCACAAAAACAACGAAAGCAUUCGCCAACAACUAGAAGACGUAUUUCUCCGCGACUGGAACUCUCCUUACUCAUACCCAUUGAAUACGACUCCAACAGCAAGUCGAAUUCGUUCAGCGGUUAAAAACAAAAUGAAUUACUUCCUACCGUACUAUCACCAUCACAUACACGCGUAA